AUGGUUCGGCAACGAAAAGUGUCAGACCAAGCUGACAUAGAAUGCCCAGGCACACCUAAUGAUGGUGUCAAGAAGGUUAUCGAUGAAGAGUUGACAACGGUUAAACAACUAUAUUCGCCGCGAGAAGUUCAGGCAAACGGUGACAGAGGGGGGGGCUUUUUUUCUCGUGUAGUCUCUGACAACCCAGAAUUUUUCGCGCAGGCUUUCAAAUUCUCGUUGUGCUUCAUUGGCUUGCAAGCGUCCUAUCUCACCUGGGGUUACAUGCAGGAGCUUAUCAUGACAACAAAGUUCAAUCCAACACAGAACGUUCCGAGUGGGCACUUUCCCUCUGCAGCGUUCUGUGUCUUCAGCAAUCGUUUCCUCGCUGUAAUCGUAGCGAUAUGCGCAGUGCGAAUCAAACAUGGAGCAGUUUUUGCCAACAAUACUGCCCCCUUGUGGGCAUUUACCCCUUGUGCUCUGAGCAACACGAUGAGUAGUUGGAGUCAGUAUGCUUCUUUGAAGUAUGUCUCCUUUCCUUUGCAAACCGUUUUCAAAAGCUCCAAAAUAAUACCCGUAAUGAUGAUGGGAAAGUUCCUAAAAGGGACUAAGUACCCAGUUGGUCAAUACAUCGAAGCUGUUUGUAUCACGACAGGUGUGGCAGUAUUCUCAUUCGCGUCGAAAAGCUCAAAUAACGACACGACUACUGAGCUAAUUGGAUUAAUGUUCCUAUUGAUGUACAUCUCCUUCGAUUCCUUCACAUCACAAUGGCAGGAUAAAAUAUACACGCAAUACGGUCGCAGCAACGUUGAUCCAUAUCAAAUGAUGUUGGGAGUCAACAUAUCUGCAAUUUGCAUCACUACUGCUGGGUUAAUAAUCACUGGGGAUUUACCAAUUGUGGCGGAAUUUCUGAGGGCCAAUCCAAUAGUCUUUCGGUACAACCUUAUCACUGCAAUCACUUCAGCUUCAGGACAACUUUGUAUCUUCUAUACAAUCAAGGAAUUUGGACCAAUUGUUUUUACCAUCAUCAUGACAACACGACAAAUGAUUUCUAUCUGCAUUUCGGCUCUUGUCUUUGGGCAUACAAUAUCAGCCAUCGCGCUUCUUGGAGCGGCUGUAGUGUUCUCCGUUAUCUUCUAUCAGAUUCGGCGAAAAUAUUUUGCUCGUCUGGCAAAAAAGACGACUGGCAACUGA